AUGAAGUUCUGCACGGUAUUCGCGUUGUUCGUAGUUCUUGGACUCGACGCAAUCAACGGCUACGAUUGCAAGAUCGUCCAGUUUAUAUUCGGUGAUUCAUUGUCUGAUGUAGGCAACAAUAGGAACCUACCGAGGAGUUUAGCGCAGGCGAAUCUACCCUUUUACGGUAUUGAUUUUGGCAAUGGUUUGCCUAAUGGAAGGUUCACUAAUGGUCGUACUGUUUCAGACAUUAUAGGUGAUAAAAUUGGAUUGCCAAGACCAGUAGCUUUCUUGGAUCCAUCAAUGAAUGAAGAUGUAAUACUUGAAAAUGGAGUGAACUAUGCUUCAGGAGGUGGUGGAAUCUUGAAUGAAACUGGAGGUUAUUUCAUCCAAAGAUUUUCGCUGUGGAAGCAAAUAGAACUAUUCCAAGGGACAAAAGAUGUGAUUGUAGCAAAGAUAGGGCAAAAAGAAGCAGAAAAAUUCUUCCAACAAGCUCGAUACGUGGUCGCUUUAGGCAGCAAUGAUUUCAUUAACAACUACUUGAUGCCUGUUUAUAGCGAUUCUUGGAAGUACAAUGAUCAAACAUUCGUCGAAUACUUAAUGGAAACACUUGAUUCUCAACUCAGGGCGUUGCAUAGUUUAGGAGCAAGAAAGCUAAUGGUGUUUGGGUUAGGACCAAUGGGUUGUAUUCCACUACAAAGAGCAUUAAGUCUCGACGGUAAAUGUCAAAACAAAGCGAGUAAUCUUGCGGUGAAAUUCAACAAAGCUGCAACCACAAUGCUCGCAGAUCUUGAAACCAAGCUCCCUAAUGCAAGCUACAAGUUUGGUGAAGCCUAUGACCUUGUCAACGAUGUCAUCACUAACCCUCAAAAAUACGGGUUUGACAACUCGGAUUCACCGUGUUGCUCGUUCUACAGAAUCCGGCCGGCGCUGACGUGUAUUCCGGCGUCGACAUUGUGUAAAGACAGAAGUAAAUAUGUGUUUUGGGAUGAGUAUCAUCCCACCGAUAAAGCUAACGAGCUCGUUGCUAAUAUUCUCAUCAAAAGGUUUGAUUUCAUGCGUGCCGAUGACGGUACCUCCGAAGCUCCUUCUCCGGCGCCGGCACCGGAUAUUUCUCCUUCUUCCGACAAUAACUGA